AUGCCUCAUCUCGACGCCGAUGAUGACAAGGAGCUUGAGAAGAGAAUGAAUCGGAAAAUGAAAAUAGGAGCGUGGGAAGUGGUUCCUGCUGAAUCCGCAGCUGGCUCCAGCACAUUUGUUCCAUUCCUGUUUACUAUACGCGGUUUCAAUUCGAAGGCAUUGAAAUUCAGCUUGCUCAAGCAGGUUUCGUUUUGUUCUCUGCGCGGUACGGUUCGUGAAUGA